GCAACGUUUUUUCUGUUGGCUCAGUUUAAAAAUAUCCCGCGAAGCGAAAAGGAAGAAUAACAUUUUCGUUGUGUUGUUAAGCGAGUUUUUUGUUCUGUUCUUCGCGAGUUUUGAAUAAUAUUCACAGGAAGAAUACCUACCAACCUAUCUAAUUAAUAUCGUGGUAAUAUUUUCGUUUUUCGUGAUUAUUCAUGUCGGUUUGCAAUCAAUGGUGUUGUGUUUAGGAAAUUUGAAAACGCCUCUUGGAGAUGGCGUUCAAAUAAAAAGUGUGAUUAUCGGUUGAUUGCGAAUAUAAAGAAAAAUGUGCGUCGCCGGUUGAGGAAAUAUAAAGCGGUUCCAUUGUUAUCAGUGAGAAAAACGUGAAAAUUUCUUUUGUUGCAACAGGUGAUUCAGGAAACUGUGUUGGGAGAGGGAAAAACACUAUUUUGAGUGGAAGAUUUUGGACAGACUGCAACCAUGGCCGAUAACAUCACGGUCUCGAUUAAGGUCCGGCCGUUGAUCAAACGGGAAAAGGACAGUAAACAAACGUCGCAAUGGCGGAUUCGGAAGAAUACCAUCGUGGCCGUCGAGGGAAAUGGGGAUCCGUUUGUGUUCGAUCACAUCUUCGAUGAAACCGUCCCAACGCGGGAACUGUUUGAAAGAGUGUGUCGUCCAAUCAUAUCGUCCACCUUGAAUGGAAUCAACGGUACUAUCUUUGCCUACGGUCAGACCUCUUCCGGUAAAACCUACACGAUGAUGGGCGAGGACGGGGAACCGGGAGUGGUACCCCUGGCGGCAGGGGAGAUAUUCAAAGAGAUUGAAAACAUUAAGGGCCGGCAAUUUUUGAUCAGAGUUGGAUUUAUCGAGAUCUACAACGAGAAAAUCUUCGAUCUGCUCGAUAAGAGCAACACUACGCUUAAGAUAUUUGAAAAUCAGAACGGGGAUGUGUCGUUGAACUACAAGGAGUUCAUCACCAACUGUCCGGAACAGAUUAUGCAGUAUUUGGAGGAAGGGAAUAAGCUGAGGCGGAUUGGGGACACCAACAUGAACGAGCGCUCUAGUCGAUCGCACACCAUCUUCCGGAUAACGAUAGAAUCGCGUUUAAUCGACCGGAAGGAAGGGGAUGUGAAUGACGCGGUGCAAACCAGUACGUUGAACCUGGUGGAUCUGGCAGGAAGCGAACGGGCGAACCAAACCGGGGCCAGUGGAUCUCGUCUGAUAGAAGGCGCCCACAUCAACAAGAGUUUGCUCUCGCUGAGUUGUGUUAUUCAAAAGCUCAGUGAAAAUGCCGACAAUCUCAAGUACAUCAACUACAGGGACUCCAAACUGACGCGAAUACUGCAAGCAUCCCUGGGAGGAAACGCCGUGACCACCAUGAUCUGUAACAUCACCCCAGCUGCGUUCGAAGAAAGCUACUACACGCUGAGCUUCGCCAUGCGCGCCAAAACGAUCAAGAACAAGCCCAAAGUCAACGAGGUCCUCUCGGAGACGGUCAUGAUGAAGCGCCUGGAACGAGAAAUCGAACGCCUCCAGGAGCAACUAAAAUCCGAGCAGAGCAACAUCAAAACCCUUCAGCUCCAAAACGAAAUCAUGAUGCGAGCCAACCAGAUUGUCAAUUCCCAAACUCACAUCAAAUUCGACAAAUCCCGCCGCCGAACCUGGUGCCCUUCCAGCAUUCCAAAGCCACUGGCUUACUCUGAACCUUCUGCCGAUACACGCCUUAUGCCUCCGCCGCCGUCAUUCCUGUCCAGACCUAGCUCCUACUCCGGCGAUCAGUCGAUUUCCUCCAUCGAAACCACCGAGCGGUCGCCUACGCUUCGACCGGAACUGGCCAACGAUACCAAUACGGAGUGGCUGGCACGCAAGGUACGCUCGACGACGCCCCGCAAUGGGCGCUUCCUGUCGGUGGGUGCCCUCAGCAACAGCGACGAGUUCAUUCCCGGCGAGUUAGCAAACUUCGACGACCAAUCGCCCGAGAGUUUGGCGCGGGAAAUUCACACUCCCACCACGCUCAAGGCGAAGCGGCGCUCUCGGCGGUCAUCCACUGGCGAUACUCCGGUCAACUUCAUCGACUACGAGAGAAGAUGCAGAGAGUUGGAAGAGGAACUGCUGGAGCUGCAGGAGUUUACCAAUCUGGAGAAGAAUUUGGACUUGGCUGACAUCAAGCGGAAACUGCAAACCGGAGCGGACACUCGAGCCGAGCAGCGCUACAAAGAGGAACGGGACAGCUUGGAGGAAAGAUGUAAGGACCUCACGGUAGAUCUACAUCAAAAACAAGAACAAAUAUUCGAUAUGGAAAAGGAACUGAUUAUCGCACGGAAAGAGCGCGAGGCAGCCGUCAAGGAAGCCGAACAUUGCCGAAACGUACAGAACAGCGUCCAGAUGGAGUACGAACUGUAUCAACAACGCGCCAAGUCACGCGAAAACGAGCUCAUCGAAUCGCUCCAAGAAGCCAGAGGCGGUACUACCCCGAAAGCAGACGUCCAAAAGAUUUUGGAGACCACGCGGCAGGAAUUGAAGCAACUUGAGGUGCAUAACUAUGAGCUGCAGCGUCAACUUGAACGGCAAACUGAAGAGUUGGAGAAACUUAAGAAAACCGAACAUGACCACAGCGAGAAGCUGAUCAAAAUGAAGGAAGCCCUGGAUAAGGAUGUCAACAGGAAAGAUGCGAAGAAGCUCUUCCGGUUGGUGAACAAGUUGAGGGCGAUCUUGGCGGACGAAGAUUUGUUACUGAUCAACACCAGUAUCGACACAGACGAGUUUGCCGAUAGCUUAGGGGACUCCAGCUUCAACAGUGAUAGUCUAGACCGAAUGUCGCCGUCAAAAAUAGUUCUGACAAAUGACACAGGGAACACGAAUGUGAUCUACAAGAACGGCAACAGUCAGCUGCUGGACAUGACCAUUGAAAAUGGCGAACUCAAAAAGCAACUAAAACUGCUAGAAGAUGAAAACAAAAACAUGAAUGCUUUAUUGAAGAAGUAUGAAAAUGAGAUCGAGAAGCUGAACAAGACUGAUAGUCAUAUGAAAGAGCUUGUGAAACAGUUGGAAGAGGAGCAAUCCAAGUCGAAGAGUUUGCACGAUGUGUUGCAAAGCAAGAAGGAAGAGUUCGAAAAAUUAACAGUUGAGUAUGAUGAGCUGUCCACACAAGUGAUGGAUAAUAUUCAGGACAUUGACAAUUACAAAGAACAGAUUGAACAUCUACAAAAGAAGUUGCAGGAGGCUUCCAACACGAUAGAGUCAUACAAAAACACUGAAACCGAACUUCAGCUUUUACACGAAAAGAACAAGGCAACUGAAAACCAAUUGAGUGAAGCACAUAUGCGCAUCAUUCAGCUUCAAGAAGAAAAUGAAACACUUUUACCAUUCAAAGCAAAAUUCGAAGAGUCCACCCAGCAAGUCGCUCAGCUUGAAAGUGUUUCUGAACAGCUUGAACAACUAAAAGCAGAAUAUGAAGUGUUGAAGGCAAGAAACGAAGCCCUGGAGGAAGCUAAGAAGGAAUUAGAAAGUAAAUUGUGUUCCAUGGAAGAGUCUCAAGAGAAACACGGGCAGUUGCAAACUCACUUUGAAGAGCAACAUUUGAAGCUCAAACAGCUGCAAGAGGAAAACCAUGACCUAACAGUGGCAGUCCAAGAGCUUUCCGCAAAGAUUGUCAGCCUGGAGGAACAGAUGGUUCGAGAAGAUAAUAGUGGUGUCGAGUUGGUGAGCGAAAACAUCAAAGCUAAACUGGAAAGCAGCCUUGAGUUGAUCAAGGAAGAGCGAGAUCAUCUCUCCGAGGCACUCCCCAAUCUGGAAGAAAUCGAAAGGAAAGUGCAAGAUCUCGAACAGGAGAAUGACGAUCUGAGGAAACAAAUCGACGGAUUGCAAACAGAUCAAAAUGAGUGGGAUGGAAAGUUUGUAGCUUUGCAAACAGAUAAGGAAAAUGCCAUGCGAAGUUUAGAGAAAGACUUGAACGAGCUGAAUGACCGAUAUGCCAGUCUUCAAGAUGCCAAACAGAAGCAAGAAGAAACACUACAACUUCUGUCCGAUAAUGUGUCUGCACUGGAAGAAGAGAAAUGCGUUUUAUUACAGCAGAUUAAAGCAUUUAAAGACGAAAAAGCGAAUAAUGAAGUAGCAAUAAAUGGUUCUCUAGAACUGGAAAUUAAACUGCAGCAAUCGUUGGAGGAAUUGUCCGCCCUUAAGGAAGAGAAGGCGAUCCUAGAACAGCGAAUCGAAUCCCACAAAUUGGAACAACAGUCAAUUGAGGAUAAAUGUGAAAGUCUCUGCAAUGAACUAUCGCAAAUGAUAACGGUCAAAGACCAAGCCAACGAAGCUGAAAGGCAACUACUCAUGAAUGAGAACAAUAAUCUGCGAAGCGAACUGCAAGAAAAAGACGAAGCGUUGAACGGACAAAUCAAUGCUUUGAAAUCAGAGCUGACCGAUGUAGGCGAACAAAAAAGUAAACUUCUCGCAAAGCUGCAAUCCUUAGAGAACGAAAUGGAAGAGUCGUCAAGCAUCCGGGAGCACCUGGAACGGGAAGUCCGAGCACUGAAGACGGAUUUAGGCAAUCUGCAGCAACAGUUGACUGAGAACAACGGAAAGUUGGAACAAUUCCAGAAGGAAAACGACUCGUUCCAGCACGAGUUGAAAUGUAAGACUGACGAGGUUGAACAAUUGGAGGAGAAGCUGACUGCAGCGCUGAAAGAAAGCGUCGAACGUGUUGGCAGAACUGAAAGCGAGUGGGUUGAGAAACUGAGAAAUGUUGAAAGCUGCAAUGGAGAGCUCAAGAUCAAAUCGGAUGCGUUGGAAACGGAGAAAAAUGGCUUGUUGGAAGAAGUGGUGGCUGUAAAGGGGGAAUGUGAAUCACUGCGGGAGCUGAUCAAGCAGAAGGAGGUUGAACUAGAGACAAUUAGUCAUCAGGUUUCAAGAUUGGAAAAACAGCUGGCUGAAACGGAGUUGAGAAAUGUAGAAUGUGAAUCACGUAGGACAGAAGUUGAGAAGUUGCGUGAUACCUUAGAGCUGGAAAUUAAGCAAUUUAAGAAAGAAAUUGAAAAGAAGGCAGAAGAAGUGAUUAAUCUGGAAGAAAAAUUAGCUGCAGCAAAACUUAAUGGUGACCAGAUUGUUGAGGUCGAAAAAGAAUGGGCUGAGAAGCAUAAACAUAUGGAAGCUUGCAACGAAGAACAAAGGCAUAAGCUUGGUGCUUUGGAGAGAGAAAAUGAACUUCAGCGGAAACAACUUGAGGAGGCUGUAGCUGAACAAGAAUCCCUCAGUAAAGAACUGAACGAAAAAGAUUGUCAGUUAAAAGAGGUUCAAUGUCAAAUUGAAUCAUUGGAGAACCAAAUAACAGAAUUGAAAACAGAGAACGACAGAUGUACAAAAGCGGAAACUGCUUCCAAUGAAAACCUGAAAGUAGAAAAACAACAUUCCAACGAGCUUCGAACCCAAAUCGACGAAUUAGAACGAGUGAAGGAUGCGUUGACAUCGGAGUUACAAACCGUACAGCAAAAAUUCAAUAGUCUGACCGACAUUCACACCGAUAUACUGCAAGAGAAAUCUCUAGUGGAUAAGCAAAUCAUCCAACUGGAAGCGCAACUGGCGAACGUCAGGGCGGAACUGGUAAUUCGUGACGACAAACUGAGCAGUUUUGGAAAAUUAUUGCUGGAAAAUAAGUCCGAAAUCGAUCAGCUGAACGAAAAGCUCAAGAGCGAAUCUACUACCAGAGGACAAAUGGCCGAGCAGCAUGAUUCCGAAAUGAGGAAAGUUAGGGAAGAGUUGGUGGCUGAAAAAUCAAAGGUGCUGGAUUAUUGCAACAAUCAGAUACCGUCGCUGAUGAGCACGAUUCAGCGCUUCACCGAGCGUCAAGACGAGCUGGAGAAGCAACUGAAGGUAAAUUCAGAAGCGUCGAUCAAACAUGCCGACGAAGUGGAACGGCUGGAAAAACUCUACCAGCAAGAGAAGCUUAAUGUGGAGCGACUGGAAAAGGAGUUGGAAGACGUCAGACAAGGGUCGUUUUCGCUUCAGCCGGAUGGUCGGCCCUCGCUUGGAGAUGGCAAGGUUGCUCAGGCUCUUCGGAAGGAGAACGAAGAUUUGCUGAAGCAGUUGAAUGAGAUGCAAAAGGUUCACGUGUUCAAAACUAAACAGUUACAGGACAGAAUCGACGAGCUGAAACACAUGGAAGUGGAGUGCAAUAAUCUGCGAGAAGAAAUCUCUACAAUGCGUCACGAAUCCAGUUUCCAGGAGAAAGAAACCCAAAUCGUAGAACUGAAAGAGAAGAUCACGCGGUACGAAGUUGUGUACGAGGACACCAAUAACCGGCAUCGGUCGUUACAGCGCCAGAACGACGAACUGCGGAUGAAACAUCAAAACUUGGUCAUGGAGAUGGACGAUCUGCGAAGGAUAGCCGACAAGGAUCGAAAAUCACGACGACAGAGCACCCACGAUGAUCGUCGUGGCGGUCUGUUCGAUACCCGUGACAAGGAAAUCAUGACGGAUCCUAGCUCUGCGGAUUGUGCUUGUCGCGAAAUGGAUGCGCAGAUCAAGGAAAUGCGUAAACAACUACUAGUCAAGGAAUGCCAGCUGAACACUCACAAGAUGAUGCCCAACCCGCUCAAAAACGAUGUCGUUGAGCUGCGACAGCUUGUCAGAGAACGCGAGUCCCAGAUCAAUAAGCUGCAACACGAGCUCUGCACCCUUUCCUCGUCCCUGGAUCAGGAAUUGAAGCGCACUGACAAGCGUUGCAACGUAUGUGCUAAGCAGCAACGGUUAAAGUCGCUACGAAGCGAUAAGGCCGUGGGUACGGAAAGGAACGAUCUACAGGAAGGAGCUUCCGUCAAUAGCAUGGUGCAGCAAGAGCAAGCCAGAAGACUUGAAGAGUGCCAGGAUGAGCUGGCAAAGCUAAAAGAGAAGUAUCAAUCGAUGAAGCGAGUCUGUCAGAUGCGGAACAAACAAAUCGUCAGUCUAAACGAGAACAUCGUAGAGAAGGAGAAUGAGAGCUGCAAUGCCAACAAGAGUGUUCAGCAAGAGGUUUCCAUUCUGAAACGACAGCUCAAGGAGACCGAAGAUAAGUGUUUGCAGAUACAGAAGCUGUACCAAAGCAAAUGCGAGUCUGCCAAGUCUCUGGAAAAGACAAUUCAAAACGGGGAUCACGAGAUUUUGCGGACAAAGUAUGAAAAGUACAAAACAAUGGCCAUAGCACUGAUGGAACAGAACGAGGAACUCAAACGGAAAUUACCGCCCUCGAACUAGGGCUGCACCAACCGAGCAAAGUUCAAUAAUUCUAGUCUGAAGCCAGAGUAAAACAGCUUGGCUUCAGUUCCAAAUCCGCCCAACACAAAGUUUGUAUAGCGAGCGAGCGAGCGAACGAAUGAAACGUAAGAAUGAGUACGUAGUCCGAAUAGUUAAGUAUCUACCACGUAUGAUUUGUGAUAUCCCGUACCGCACCAUACACCGUUGUAUUGUCCGCACAAGUGUAAAUCAGGCUGAAUGUGUUCGCCUAAAAGCAGCGUAAAAUCAGUCGAAACCUUCUUUUUAAUUAUCAUGUGGAGUGUGUCAUUUGAUUGUGGCUUGAUGCGAUCCCCUAUUAUAAAUAGAAACUAUGUACUGAUCUAGUAUCCACUACAAUUGAUAUCUACUACCUGUUAUGCAUUUAGGCAUUUUCUAUGAAGAAAUUAUACUUACUGUCGUAUUUAUUCGUAUUCGUUUACACUAAAAAAACGUCAUUGUAAAAUAUGAUAAA